CUUCAGUAUGGUUAGCCUAGUGUAAAAGGAUGGCAACACUCAACUUUUGUAAUGUCACCAAUGUCACACGUCAUGUCAUCGAAAUAUGUCGCGUCAAACUUUUGAAACUGCUUAAUAUUCAAUUCAAAGAAUAAAACCAUUCCGAAGAAGUACGUUAAAAUUCCAUAUGACUAAUACAAUUGUUACAAUUUUAAAACAAUAGUAAAAUAAUUGUUGAUCUUCCACGGUUCACUACCCCAAGUGUAAUUGAUACCGCUCGACACAGUUUUCGCAAAAAUGGCUGUAAAAGGGGACAGUAUUCCUGGUAAAAAGAGUGUACUCGUGGCGUACGUGCUCUGGCUAUUUGGUGGUAUAUUCGGGGUGCACCAUUUCUACCUACGACGGGACCGACAUGCAUUCGUGUGGUGGUCUACGCUGGGAGGGUUCGGAGUGGGCUGGCUGGGCGAGAUCUUCAGGAUCCCUCGCUAUGUGCGGGACGCGAACGAAGACCCAAAGUACAUGGAAGAGCUGGUCGGCAGAAUGAUCAGGAACAAGAAGCCACCAUUCUCCAUGAAUCGCUUCACGGGAAUGCUGAUGGUGGGCUACUCCUGGGGUCAGGUCAUGAUGCAUGCCGUGCCACCAGAUGAGUUCUAUGGCAUCAACCUCAGAUACCUCAACAUUCUCAUUCCUCUGGCUGCUAGUAUAGGUGUGUGGACGGUGGGUAACAUUGGUCGCGAACGUGGCACGCUCAAGUGGCCCCUGCUGGCGGCGUACGCGGCGUAUCCGCUGCGUUACUACGUGUACGAUGAGACGGUGUGGUUCACGCUCAUGGUGCUCGCUGCGUGUCUCGCGUUCGACUCCUUCUCGAAAGAGUGGCGCAGGACGCCGGUUAGGAGGCACUGGGUGAAACGUAUCGCCAUCUUGGGCCUGUGCGCGACCCUGUUCCUGUCCCUGUGGGCCAGCUACCUGUACUUCCACGGCACGAUCACGGACAGCGAAGGCGACGAGGUGCCCAUAUACGAGGCGAUACACCACUUCUUCACUAGCCCUUGGUGGCUAGACGUGAAGCAGUGCCUCUACGAGACGUAUCAGUACGCGCAGCACCACGGCUGGUACGAGGUGUGGAAGCAGAUCAUAGAUCUGUCCGACCCACAUGGCGAACAGAACGCCUACAAGGUCCUUGGGUUGGGGCCGGACGCGAGCCAGCAGGAGAUCACGUCCACGUGGAGACGCCUGUCCCGCGAGCACCACCCUGACAAAGUGAAGGAGCAGGCGCUGAGGCGGGCCGCACAGGAACGCUUCAUGGAGAUUCAGCAAGCAUACGAGAUCUUGUCCAACAGCAAGCACCGUCGCCACAGGAGAAACAAGAAGGACAACUCUGAGUAAGGAGGUAGCUAGCGCUUUAACCCUUUCAACGUCAUACGCGGU